AUGGAAAAAGUUCGAGGACAAACACCCACUAUUUAUACACAAUUCACAAAGGAGAUUUCGAAGAAAAAAGGAGAUCGACAGUGGGGGAAUCGGAAUCUUAAACAGGCUGAUGAUUUUCGUGAGGAUAGUCUUUCAGGUGCUAGUGAGGGAAAACAAACCGUUUAG